AUGAGCGGCGCACAUCCUCUCUGGCCGGACUAUGCUCAGCAGCAGCAACAGCAUUCGCAGGGUGCUAGGGGUUUCCGCUCGGCAGCUUUUCCCGGAACAGCAGCAACAAACGCAUCUUCGGCUUCGACAUCCGCUUCCAUCUCUUCACCCUCUUCUUUGAGACGCAUGGUUGCCAAUUUCAGCUCGUCGCCGUCAUCUCCCUCGUCGAGCAAAUUCACGCGGACACCUUUGUCCACUGUGGCUGCUCAGGAUGCAUCGCUAGACCAGGCUGCCGAACGAGGGCCCAUGCACUCGAGCAUGGAUCGCGCUCACCCACGAUCAGCUGCACCGCUUGCCCCACGUACAUCACCGACCUAUCUGCACUCGUCCGCAUCGGCACAUGAUAUCAAUGCAACUCCGCCCAGAUCAGCUUCUGCUUCCACCUCGACCUGGUCGCUCUCCCCCGCUUCGGCCGCGCACCAGCAGCAGUUCAGACCACAGCUAAGAGAUGAGCAGCAUACAUUGCGUUCCCCCUCUUCCACUGCCGCCAUCCAAUCCCUUCAUCGGCUUCCGUCCUCUUCCUCCUACGAUUCUUCCUCCGCUUCUUCUUCUCCUUCUUCCGCCGGCGCCCACGCAGCUUCUUCGUCGUCAUCGUCGAGAGGAACGGAUGCUACUGCACGCGAACAUCGAGCUUUUCACCUCCAACAGCAUUCCACAGACGCGUCUCGUUCGUCCUAUACCCUAUCGCAGCUGCCUCCGUCCACUUUCAUCUCGAGCUCGACCAGCCGCGCCGAUCUCCACCCACAGCCAUCCUCGGCUCGCCCCUCGGCCUCCUCUUUCUCGCCGGAAGUGUCUCGUUCCCCCGCCCAAGCUCUCGAUGCCGUCUCGUCUCCUCGUCCUCAGCAAUCUGACAUGAAGCUCAACAAGGCCGCGUUGGAGCCAACCUCUCCUUCUCUUCCUCCUCCUCCUUCCGCCUCUCGAAGCGGUGCAAGCUUUGCAAGACUCCGCUCUGAAUCGGCCUCUACCUACACAUCAUCUCGCGCAGCGACAGCCGGCGACGCACAAGUGUCCCUCGGCGUACUCGUCUGGUGGCCUUCCACCUCCAAGAGCUCCUCUUCCACCUUGGCCCGCACGCCCCUCUUUCGCGAUGCUGCCCACGUCAAGCAAAAGCUCUCGAUGCGCCCCUCUGCUUCUAAUAACAACCGCACCUCGGAGCCCGGCCACGACCCCAUCUUUGAACGCGCCUCGUUUGGCUUUCGCAACGGCGGAUCCUCCUGGCUGCGCGAGAAGCCCAGCAAAGCUCGCCUCAAUUCGCCUUCUUCUUCCGUCGGUCUUCUGGGUCAGUGGAAACGCGCCACCCUCCUCGUGCGCGAAAACGGCAGCAUCUCCAUCUUUGGCGAUGGAAAUGCACUCACCCACACGCUCUUCUGCGGUGCCUUGUCCUCCUCUGAUGUCCGCCGCGUCGACGAUUCGCUCUUUGGCAGACCGCACGUGCUCUCGAUCCAGCCCAGGCAAGCGCCUCCAAAGUCAGAAGUCUCGAUCACCGCUCGCAAACAGGAGGCCGCCUCGCAACCAGAGCGGGCUCGCAGUUCCGAGCCCAUAUUCCUCGAAUUCAAGAGUGAACAGCAGCUGCAGUACAUUCGAGCACUGCUCCUCAUCUACAUCAAGCCCGAGAUCUACGGCGCGCCCGCUACCUUGCAUUCCGGCGGCACGCAUCGUUUCUUCAGACAGCUUGAUAUUACCAUUUCGGACGCCAAGAACAUCAUGCCCAGAUGGCCCACAGAGCUUGGCGACUCGGGGCCCGAGUUUGCCGCUUCGCCUCCGAGCCCGUUCAACAGCCAUGCACUCGCACAUGGUCAGCAAUCGGCCUCGCCCACAGCAACCUCUGCUGGCGGCGCUUCUACCGCGUCCAAUGAUCUCCCUCGUUCCCUCUCCCAUCAGCUAGCUGCCUUGCGUUUUGAAGAUCAAGACGACUCGCCAAAUUCGGAACCGUUCACCGAAGACACCUUGUCAGGAUCGUCACGCGCAAACUCGCGGCCCAACUCGAGACCGAGUUCACGUCUGCGCCACAAUGCCAGGCCAUCCGUCAGCAGCAUUCGCACCCAUCAUGAUCUCGACGAUACUGUGGGCAGUGGCUCGAGUCGAUCGGCAUCGCGUCCUGCUUCGCACUACGACAAUCAGUCUCUCGCCGGCGACGACGCCAGUUCGAUCGGCGAGCCCGCUUCGGGUCCACUCAGCGGCCACUCUGGUGCACACCGUUUCGUCCCCAUCCCUACCUCGUCGAGUGAGACCCCUUUCACUGUCUACUCCACUGUCGGGGGCGCUUCCAGCUACAACGCCGGGUUCAAAGCCGCAACGCAACAGCGACGGAUCGAGGACAAGGAUCGUUUCGAAAAGGCGCGCUUCGACCGGUACUGCCGCAUUCGACUUGAUGGUGAGCUCGUAGCUCGCACCAGCCUGUCCCACUCCAGCAGCAACGCCUUUGCCUUCGACAAGUUCAAGUUAGAUGAUGUUGGCGAUGCCAAGUCGCUCGUCAUCGAGGUGCUCCACCCUACACUCAAGACGGGCAGCUCCUUGUCCGGUUCGCCUUCGCAGGUGGCUAGCAAGUACAUGAUGUUGGGUAUUGUCGAGAUCCCAAUCGAAACGUUACGCAGAAAUGAAGAGGUCGAAGGUCGCUUUCCCAUCUGGUCCAUUUCGACCUUUCCCUCGCUGUCGCAGCAAGCCGUCGAAGAAGAUGAAGCGAGGAUCCCGACCAGCUUCCAUCGUGGCGUCGUCGGCGAGUUCAACUUAUCGAUUCGCCUGCACGAGGGCGCCGUGAUGCCGCUCAGCAUGUACGACGAGGUCUUGCGCAGGAUCCACGAUGUCGAUGCAGCUGAGGUGGUGCGACAUUUGUCGACUUACAUGCGCGAAGAUCUCAUCAUCUCGCACCUCAUCCGCGUCUAUGCUGCUUCCGGCACCAUUGCAGAGCGCAUCUCGUCUCUCAUCGAGAUAGAGAGUGUCAACUGGGGAGAAAAGAUGGAGCCCCAGCUGCUUUUCCGCGCCAACACGCUUCUCUCGCGGUCGGUCGACCACUUUCAGAGGCUGUUGGCGCUCUCGUGGUUGGACGAUUGCCUUGGUCCGACGGUGCGCAAGAUCUGCCACGACCCUUUGGCGCCGUCUCGCCCGGACACGGGUGCGUCCACUGGCAGCGCUGGCUCGGCAGUCGGGGACGAAAGCCAGUUUGAUUUCAGCACAUCGAUGCGCUCGCCUCCGUUGCUUCCGUCGAAUGCGCUGGAUGCUAUCCCCGACGGUCCCAUGACGACCGACGCGCUGCAAAAACUGAGCGAUAACAUGUGGCAGAACAUCUAUCGCCAUCGCCACAGCUGUCCGCCCGACCUGCGAGUGGUGCUCCACCAGAUCCGACGCAAGGUCAACGAGCGCUAUCGCAGCUCCAAAUCGACGCGACCGGGCAUUCAGGGUGUUGGCGCCUUUGUGUUUCUGCGGCUGUUCUGUGCCGCACUCAACGCCCCGCAGCUCUACGGCUUGACCCCAUCUCAGCCCGGCCGAGGUGCUCAACGCAAGCUGUUGCUGCUCAGCAAAGUGCUGCUCGCGCUCGCCAGCAAGAAGACGGCGUUCGACAAGGAGAAGGAUUGGGAGUUGGUGCCACUCAACGAGUUUCUGCGGACCUACUCUUCGGCCUACGAUGACUACAUCAGCGUCGUCUCGACCGAGCCGCCUACAGCGGCUUCUGUGCAGUUGUUGGGCGUGCGCAUCGAAGGCGAUGCUGAUCUGCAGGCGGCAGCGCUACGCAGGCUGAGCUCGCUGUCUCCCUUGCAUCGCGAGGCGGUCCCGAGAGCCCCCUACAUGCUCGACCAGCCGCAGGCAAUCGCCUCGUUUGUCUGCUUUGUCGCCGAUGCAGCGCAAGAGCACGACCAAGCUCUGACUUCAGCCUGGACCGAGAUGCAGCACGACGACGCGUUGGCCGCCUCCGCCGGGCCGAGUGCGACGAGUGCGAGCGAGAGCGAUGGCGCACGCAUCAAGCGCAAGGCGCACGAGUUGGUGCAGAUCUGCUAUCGCAUUGAGGAUGCGGCGGGCAUGUGCAUCGAACAAGCCGGCUAUGACCCGCGUCCUAUCCCCUGGGAGAGGUUGCAAACAAGUGCGAUGCGUUGA